AUGGCAUUCUUUUUCAAGUCAAAAAAGCACAACCAUCCGGCCUCUGUGCCGCAAGCGCCCAGAAACCUCAGCGCAUCGGAGGGCAAUUCAACUCCUACACCCCCUCCAGGCCCCGGAACCAAUGGCGUCCCUCGUGAUGCUGAUUCCAAGCAAGGCCCGCCUCGUCCCUCAACUUCAGGGCACAAUAGUCCCAUGAAUGCUAUGGUGCCUCCUCCUUCGGGACCUCCAAAUCAACCGCCGCCUCGACAAAGACGAGAUAGGGCUGAUUCCGACACUCAAGGACCACGACAGAUGCCUAUGAAUGCCGGCCCGCCGUCCCAAGGCGCCAAUUCGCUUUUUCCUUGGUCGCAGCGCCGCCUAAACCUUCCCACUUCACAAGCUACGCCGUUUCCCCGAUAUGGCGCCGCCGUUAGCUCCGUCGCAUCGGAAGAUGGUGAUAUUUAUUUGAUGGGAGGCCUGGUGGAAGGAUCGACAGUCAAAGGAGAUCUCUGGAUGAUUGAGACUAAUGGUCCUAACAUAACAUGUACUCCCAUUACUCCCGUUACUGAAGGACCCGGUCCCCGAGUGGGCCAUUCGAGCUUGCUUGUUGGGAAUGCGUUUAUUGUUUUUGGGGGAGAUACAAAAAUAAACGAGAAUGAUGCCCUGGACGAUACGCUUUAUUUUCUAAACACUUCUUCACGUCAAUGGUCUCGUGCUGUGCCGCCAGGCCCAAGGCCUCAAGGGAGAUAUGGCCAUUCUCUGAACAUGCUUGGCUCUAAAAUAUACGUCUUUGGUGGCCAAGUGGAAGGCUUUUUCUUUAAUGACCUUGUUUGUUUUGAUCUUAAUGCUUUGCAAAACCCCGGGAAUAAGUGGGAAUUCCUUGUGAGGAGCAGCCAUGAAGGUGGCCCGCCCCCAGGCAAAAUUCCUCCGGCACGAACAAAUCACACUGUAGUUACUUUCAACGACAAGCUUUAUCUGUUUGGUGGCACGAAUGGAAUCCAAUGGUUUAACGAUGUUUGGUGUUAUGAUCCGACUACAAAUCUUUGGACGCAGCUGGACUACCUUGGAUUUAUACCUGCCGCGAGAGAAGGCCACGCAGCCGCCCUCGUAAAUGAUGUUAUGUACAUAUUUGGCGGACGCACGGACGAGGGCCUUGAUUUGGGUGAUUUGGCUGCAUUCCGGAUUACGACCAGACGCUGGUACUCGUUCCAUAAUAUGGGGCCGGGACCGUCGCCGAGGUCCGGACACACAAUGACCACCUUUGGUAAACAGAUCGUUGUUCUUGGCGGCGAGCCGAGCUCUGAGCCCCGUGAUAUUCAGGAGCUCGGGUUGGUAUAUGUGCUGGACACUGGUAAAAUUCGCUAUCCUGAACAAGGACCUACUUCUCCCACUGGCGAUAGACAUCCCAGAAGGAUACCUCCAAACGAACGACAACUAGGGCCUUCAGGUCGUACUUCUCGUGAAGCCCUGAAUUCGACUCCAGACCAACAAAGACGGGGACCUCCACCACCUCAGGGUCGAGACAAUGUUACAAGUCCAGGGCCUAAUGGACCUGGCUCUAGACUGCCGCGGGCAUCAAUUGCCCAAGCGCCCGCUGGGCCACCCCCAUCCGGACAACCACCUAACCCUCGAGGUCCACACCCUGGGUCACAAGGACCUCGUGGAAAGCCAUCUAUGAAACCAGACAGACCACCCGUCGGUCCUGUGGAAGCGAUCAGGGCGUCUGAGAAAGAUCGACAAUCCCCUGUUAUGAGAGAUGGUAGCAUGAGACCUGGUCGGGAGCAAAGUCCCAUUGCUGGUAACGGGCGACGAACCCCAACACAACCUGCAAGAAAUGCGCGAGCUAUGGAGGCUGGUGAAGCCGCCCCUUUAGUGAGUGCCCCUUCAAGACAGCGGUCGUUACGCCAGCAAAGACAUAGCUCUGUCGAGAGUGUAGAUGAAUCAAUCCUCGGUUCAGAACCCAGACCUUAUAGAAACUCCCGAAAUUUCGGAGAUGAGCCCCGUUCACCCCGUCUCACCCCUCACCAAGAAGCACUUAUGAAAGAGCUUGAAGCAAUGAAAAGUCGCAAUGCGUGGUAUGCCUCCGAGUUAGCACUAGCCAAAAAACAGGGUUACGUGCCAACACCGAACCCUGCGGUUUUAGAUGAAAAGAACCUUCUCAAUUUUGCGGAGGACGAUCGCUCAUUUGUUGAGGCUUUUCUUGCUAUGAAGGCAGAACUGGCAAAGAUGCAGGCCAACGUCGAUCGGCAGGCAGCCAUUGCGUCAAAAAGGGUUGCCGAAGUCGAGCACCAACGGGACGUUGCUAUAAACGAAGCGGCCUAUGCCCAGGCCAAACUAGCUGCGCGCGCGGGAACCCCUUCGGGAACCCCACAGUUAGACUCAAAUCCAUCUGACUCCAAUGGAGAACGGACCACCGAAAUUAGCAGACGUCUCGCGUUAGCUUUGGCAUCCCAAAACGAGCUCAAGAAUAAAGUGGAACUCCUGUCAGCAGAACUUCAGGAGGAAAGACGCGCAAGGGAAGUAGCCGAGGAACUCCACGAAAUUGCGAGUCGAAGACUUUCUGAGCUGGACAAUCAAAGUAAUACUCUAGAAUUAGAACAGUUGCGGUCGGAACUGCAUCAACUCCAGUUCUCUUUCAGAGAGGAAUCGGCGCUGCGGUCUAAUGCGGAAUCUUCGGUCCAAGUUCUUGAAGUUGACAAAGCCGAGUUAUUGCAAAAAUUGGAAGAAUCUACCGAGCGGCUGCAGAAUUAUAGUCUCACUCUCGGCUCCCUGAAAGAAGCGGUUAAUGCGUCAGUUGAUAAAGCGGCAGUCAUGGAAAAGCAAUUAGAAAGCGAGAAAGAACACCGUGAAGGUCUGGAAAGAAAGUUGCUGCAUCUAAGGGCUGAGCACGAGGAAAGGACCGCAGAGCUUGAGACUGCGGUGCGGCGACUCAAAGAUGCCGAAGAGCUAGCGGAAACGCAUGCUCGGGAGGCAGAGAGCCAUAAAGCUGCAUUUUUGGCUGGUUUGGAACGUGCAUCCUCUUUUGAUUCGGAGAAAAGCGCUGCUUCGCUUCACGAUCAACGUAACGCGGCUCUUCAAGCCCAAGUUGAUCGUGCGAAUGAGUUGGUCAAGGACAGUCAGAAUGCUGCUAAUGUGGCAGCUGAUAAACUCAGACGUGCUGAAGAAAGGAUUGCGGGGCUAGAAGCUUAUCAAGAGCAGAGUAGCCGAGAAGGUCUUCAGCUUCGAAGGCAGCUGCAGGCAGCCUUAAAGGAUAAUCAGGCUCUGAAUGCCGAAGUCAGGGAGGUGAAGGCACAUCUUGAGAGCCAGCAGAGAGACACUAGUGCCCUAGCCAUUCAGCACGGCGCUUUAAAGGAUCUCCUUGGCGAGCGUGGUGUCAACAUGUCUGAUAAUCGACGAUCGCCGUUGUUAGACUCGCCUGGAUCGCGGUUUGGAACCCCCGAGCAUACGCGAUUACGAGAAUUAGAACAGCAACUACAAACCAGCUUGAAAUCCCACGAAGAGAUGAAGGCGACUUUUGAAUUUAGAGAGCAAGAGGCCGAUCGCCUUUACCAGGAAAAACUUGAACAGCUUGAGAACGACUACCAGGCCGCCGUGCAUUACGUGAAGGGAACGGAGAAGAUGCUGAAGAGGAUGAAGGAUGAGCUCAACAAAUACAAGGCGCACUCUACGAAACUGCAAACCGAGCUGGACAACGUUCUGAGUUCAAAGGACUCAGAGAGGACACCGAGCCAACCGCUAGAGUCACCGGCUGAGUGGGAAGCGGAGAAGGCUAGUUUACAAAAGUCGAUAACUCAACUGCAGGAGACUACUUCUGCAUCCGUUUCUGCACUCGAGGGUCAGCUUGCGAAGGUCAAGGGGGAUCUGUUGAGAGUGAGUUCAGAACGAGAUAACUCGAGAUCAGAGUUCAAAGCGUUCCAAGACGAGGUCACGCAAUCGAUCCAGAAAUCUCAAGCCGAACUGGAACAACUGAAGAAGGAAAAUACGUUGCUGGAAAAUCGUGCACUUGAUGCGGAGAAGAAAGUUACUAUGCUUUUGGACCAGGUGGAAUCUUCCGUUGUCAACUACCGUCGCCAGUCGCAUUUGGGUGCUGGCUCCAACGGUUUGAGUCGCACCACGAGCAAUGCUUCCAGUAACGCGAUUGCAGCCCGAGGACGUUCGAGAGCUGAUAGCACUGUGUCGCAGGAUGAUUCAUUCCCUGACCAUCGCGGCUCACUUGCGCUUGAUUCCCUAGCCACCGAACUCGACGCCCUUCGAAGUCAUUGGGAGAGCACGACUCGAAAUUAUCGCCUGAGCAGUCAAUUCGACUUUGAACGCACGCCUGUUAAGGAGACCUAUGGAGAUGGGCUGAGUGAUAGCUUUGCCAAUUGGCGACGCAGGCUUGAUGAAGAGGAGUCUCGCUCAGAAACACCUAUCAAAACCCCAACGAUGCCGAUGGUUGCUGCCCCUGCGCCAGCACCCGUGCCUACAUUGAGCAAGGAUAAUACAUCCGCCGCUACAACGCCAACUCAGGCAAAUAUGAUUUAA